AUGUCUACUUAUAGUAGUACUUCCUCUGUAAUUCCAGUGUUUAAUGGUGAACACUAUCACAUUUGGGCUGUCAAGAUGAGGUUUUACUUAAGGUCUCAAGGUUUGUGGAAUGUUGUGAUGUCUGAAGCUGAUUCACCACCAUUGGGAGCAAAUCCUACAGUUGCUAAGAUGAAAGCAUAUGAGGAGAAAAAACUUAAGAAAGACAAAGCCAUCACCUGCCUACAUUCAGGACUUGUAGACCACAUCUUCACCAAAAUCAUGGACCUGGAAACACCUAAACAGAGAGAGUUUGAGUUGAUGAAGGUGAAAGACAACGAAUAUGUGAAAGAUUAUUCUAGUAGGUUAAUGGAUGUUGUAAACCAAAUGAGGCUUCUUGGUGAGGCAUUUAUAGAUCAAAAUGUGGUAGAAAAGAUCAUGGUUUCAGUGCUUCAAAAGUUUGAAGUCAAGAUCUCUGCAAUUGAAGAGUCUUGUGACUUGCAAAGACUCAUAAUUGCAGAGUUAACCAGCAAGCUUCAUGUACAGGAGCAAAAGGUCUUAAUGAGAGGUGAUGAAGCUACUGAAGGUGUUCUUCAAGCAAAUCAUAAGGGAAAGAGUUUUGGAAACCUACAAUGA